GGGAGACACGCUUGCAAUCGGCGUUACUGAGAAAGACAUGACCAAGGAUGAAAACUCCAAGUUUGAAAAACGAUUUUGAAAAUGUUAGAUGGACUGUUAGGUGGUCUAUUAUCUGAGGCCUCCUCUGAGGAGGAUUUCACAGGGAAAACUGGCCAAUCAACAGUUCUUAGACUUCCUGGACUUGGCUCCAAAAGGGUUGGUUUGAUUGGUCUUAGACAGCGAGCUUCUUCACCUGCUGCUUUUUGUGGACUAGGCGAGUCUGUUGCUGCAGCCGCAAAGACUGCUCAAGCCAAUAGCGUCGCUGUUUUCCUUGCCUCAUCAGAAGGCCUCUCACAUGAGUCAAAGCUCAGUAUUGCUUCAACAAUAGCAUCUGGGAUGGUGCUUGGAAUACAUGAAUUUAAUAGUAUCAAGUCAGAAUCAAAGAAACCACAGCUGAAAUAUGUGGAUAUUCUUGGUCUUCGAACUGGACCCUAGUUGGAGAAGAAGCUC